UCCAUAUAACCAGAAGCCAAUAAUCAUUAGGCCAUGGCAAGACCAACCCAGUUCUACUUGUUGAUCUUACUACCCUUACCAGGCCUGUCUUUCAGGUGAUCUGUUCUAGAAUUCUUGAAAGCUUUGUAUGUAAGUAACAAGACAUUAAAAAUUGCUCAAUGGCUAAGAGGCAGUCAGUGCAGAUCCAUUAGCAUGGGUGUGAAAAGUGCCCCGUAAGCAGCACCACUAACCAGCUGGCCCACAGCAUUCUGCACCAUCAGCAGGCUUUGGAUCAGCUGCAAGGGAGAGCAUAGAGCACAUUGCAGUAGUCUAAACAUGAAGUUGCCUCUGGUGAUACAAGCACCAGCAACUGAGGCUAGUAUCAAUUGAAAGAUCAUGCAAUUUAUCUAUUUUCUAAAAAAAACACCCUAGCCAGUAAGCUACAUCCCAUCUUAUUACAGUGGGUGCCUAAGCUAAUUGUUGGUAUUCUAAGUUUUGAACUGGAUACCAGUCCAUACAGUAGAUGCUAAGAAGCUGCAUUACUCCGUGCCAUUUUCCUUACCAACCAAACUAACUUCCCUGUAUGGUGAUCCUAUAACAGGCCCUCCCUCCACCCUGUAUCUAGAUCUACUUAUCAGCAACCUUCAAUGUUGUUUACUAAGCUUUACUGACCAUUGGUCACUGAGGAUGCUCCACCCAGUCCAAAGGUUUGAUACCUAGAGUCACAAAGGAAAGGUUUUGCCUGCACAGCACAUACCGAUUUGAAUCCAUAGCCGAUUUGAAUCUAGCACCCAGUGCGGCAAAGGCCCUUCAUUUCCAGAUCAAGCUCCUGACUCUGGCUGUUAAUGAUGGAGGUGAACACUGAGUGCACGAAAGAGCAGCUGCCAUUCAUUUUGAGGAGAUUCCAUAUUUCUGAAGAUUAUGGCUUCCUCCUUCCAAAUCCACUGAAAGAUCUUCCUCCUUUCUAUAGCCCUUGGAUGGAGAUCGCUCACAGCCUGCCUCACCUUAUUGAGAACCAUCAACUUCGCUCACAGGUGAACAAGAUGCCUCUGCUAAGCAGCCAGUAUCUCAAAGGACACAAAGAACUGUAUCUAGCCCAUUUGGUCCUUAGCUACAUCACAAUGGGCUACGUUUGGCAGGAUGGUGAAAAAGGGACUGCAAAGGUCUUGCCACAAAACCUUGCCAUCCCCUUCGUGGAGAUUUCUCGGGUGUUAGGAUUACCUCCAAUCCUGGUUCAUGCAGAUUUUGUUUUAGUAAACUGGAAGAAAAGGAAUCCUUGUGGGCCUCUAGAAAUUGAGAAUCUGGAACCCAUCAUUUGCUUGCCUGGUGGAGCAAGCCUCAGGGGCUUCAUUCUCGUCACUUUUCUAGUUGAGAAAGCUGCCGCACCUGGGAUCAAGGCAGUGCCACAGGUGGUUAAUGGCAUGCUUCAGCCUGACAAUAGAAUCCUGGAAGAAGCACUGCAGGAUGUGGCAAGCAGUCUCAGAGACAUGGCCAGGGUGUUGAAGAAAAUGCAUGAUUACGUGGAUCCUGCAAUAUUCUACAGUGUGAUACGGAUCUUCUUUUCUGGAUGGAAGGACAAUCCUGCCCUGCCAGAAGGGCUGAUCUAUGAGGGUAUCUCGGACAAGCCUCUGGUGUACUCUGGGGCGAGUGCAGCACAAAGCACCACACUGCACACCUUUGAUGAACUUCUUGGAAUCCAGCAUUGUAGGGAAAGCACCACAUUUUUGCAUGGAAUGAGGGAGUACAUGCCCCCUCACCAUCAGGCCUUCAUUGAGGAAAUCCAGUCCCUUCCCCCACUGAGGAGUCAUGUGCUAUCCUCUGGCAAGGAGAAGCUCUGUUCUGCAUAUAACAUGUGUGUGGCAGCCCUUUCUGACUUGAGGACCUACCACAUUGCCAUGGUCACCAAGUACAUCAUUUCAGCAGCUCGCAACGCCAAAGCGAAGCCAAGUGAAUCCACUUCUCCAAACCCACCAUCUUUCCUGGAAGAGAGAGGGACAGGUGGCUCCGGGGUUCUGAGCUUUCUCAAGAGUGUCCGGAACACAACAAAAGAAGCAAUUAUAACUUUUUAAAAGCUUGCGCUUUUUCUGCGUUGGGGGUUAAGCUAGGAUGGCCAAUGACGUAGCACUACCCAAAAA